AUGGGUAUCCAAAGAGGAAACCAAGCAGCGCAAGCGGGCUCGUCAGCCACGACCGAUCCUCUUAUUGAGAAGUUUGGACAACUUCACGUCUUGGAUGAUUUGAUUCGACUUCGUGCCGCAGAUUAUGUUCAACAUCCUAUUCUUGCAUACCCCAGCUCCGAGAAGGAUGCAGCAUCACACAAAUACUAUACUGGUCGGGACUUGGAUGAAAUGAUCGACCAAGUGGUUACUGUGCUCGUGGACUCUGGCUUUCCAGUGCCAAAAAGAGAUGGAAGCAUUGUGGCCCUACUCACGUUAUCCGAUUUAAAUAUGGUGACCGUCUUUUUCGCCCUGGGCCGACUGGGCUAUACAGUGAUGAUGCUAUCGCCGCGACUAUCCAGUGAAGCAUGUGUGUCGCUACUCGACAAGGUGAACUGUGACACGAUCAUGUACGGCAAUACUGGGGGUAUCCGAACCACAAUGGGCGAGGUUCUGCAGCGAAAGCUUAUCAGCUGUCGCCCAAUACCAAGUGCAUCGAGCAAAUGCGCAACAGAAACUACACUCCUGGUUCUGCACCGACAUCGCAACUCCGAGGCUCAACGAAACAAAAUAGCCUUGAUUCUUCACUCAUCUGGAUCCACCGGUACCGCAAAACCUCUAUUUCUCACCCACAAGGCGCUGAUGACGCAUCCUCUUCGAGGCCCUGGGUUGACAUCAUUCAAUCCUCUACCGUGGUAUCAUCUUCACGGUCUUUCUACCUCAUUGCAGGCAAUGUGGAUGAGGAAAACUGCCUAUAUGUGGAACGCAGCACUUCCGCUGACGGCAAAAUCUGUCCUGUCCGUACUAGAGGCCACUCGACCCGAAUCCGUGGCUGCAGUACCUUACAUGCUUCAACUUUUGGUGGAUAGCCCGAGAGGCAUUGCCGCACUUCGGGCAUGUAGACUGGUAACAUACGGAGGUGCACCUUGUCCAGAUGAGCUUGGCGACCGUCUGGUCAGCGAAGGCGUUCCUUUCAGUGGUUCAUUUGGCUUGACGGAGGCUGGUUUAGUCGCAGAGUCGAUCUCCCGUCCCAAGGGUGAUCCUUAUUGGAACUAUUUGCGGUUCUUCGAGAAUAUCAGAUCAUAUAUCUGGAUGAAGCCUAUUGGUGGCUCUCUCUACGAGUGUGUUUACUUGAAAGGGCAUCCUGCCUUGACAACUUCCAACUCAGACGAGCCCCCAGGCUCAUUUCACUCCAAAGACGUUUUCACACCACACCCCACCAUUCCAGAUAGAUGGAAGUAUGUUUCCAGAUUGGAUGACCGCAUUACUCUUGUCAAUGGGGAGAAAGUGCUUCCUCUCCCAAUUGAAGGCUUCGUGAAGCAAGAUCCUCUAAUCCACGAGGCAGUGGUUGUGGGACUGGGCAGGACUGCACCUGGAAUGCUGAUUUUCCAAACUCAAGAAGUCGAAGAUGCAGGAAUCGAGAAUGAGGAAUAUUUGGAAGCGAUCUGGCCGACAAUCCAGGCAGCUAACUUGCGUGCAGAGCGUUUCUCCCAGAUCUCACACGACAUGAUUGCCAUUCUUCCUUACACAGCCAAAUUCCCUCGCACGGACAAAGGGUCCAUGAUUCGGGCUCAGGUUUAUCUACAAUAUGCUGAUUUGAUUGAUGAUCUAUAUUCAAGAUCAGAAGAGACCAGAGGAGUUCUCCAGCUUGGACUAUCUGAUACUCAAUCUCUUCUGUUGCGACUGUGUCAGGAAGAAUUGUGUAUCUCACUUCCUUCUAUUAACACUGAUUUCUUUGUUGGGGGUAUCGACAGUCUGAAGGCCAUUCAACUACGUCGAUUGAUACUGCAGCACUUGAAGCUCGACAAAGAUGCACUGAGCCGGAAUGUCGUAUACGAGACGGGCAAUGUUGCAACUCUGGCAGAACACAUCUUUUCCUUGCAGCGUGGACAGAGCGACACAGCAACCGAAAGUGAUCACGCUUUUAUGACGGGUUUGAUCCAAAAGUACUCUUCAUUCAAGAAGCAUAUCCCACGGCCAGCAAUCGCCCCAAAUAGCAAGGGAGUGAUUCUCACUGGCGCCACGGGGUCCAUUGGUGCCCACGUCCUAUAUGAAUUACUCCAAGAUGACUCCAUCUCAAGUAUAUAUUGUCUCACCCGCCAAAGUCCACCAUUGGAGUCAGUCUUGCGCAGCCUGGUCAACCGCAACCUCUUCAUCACACCUAUACAAGCCUCCAAAAUCAUCGCGCUAGUCAGCACCAUCGACAGACCCAACUUCGGCCUCGACGACAACACCAUCCAAUGCAUGCAAGACACAGUAACCCAGAUAAUCCACGCCGCAUGGCCCGUGAACUUCAACCUCCCACUUACCCAAUUCACCCCACACAUCGCAGGAGUCCACAACCUCCUCGACUUCUCCCUCUCAGUGCACCGCCCCGAACCAGCCGUCAUGCUAUUCUGCUCCUCCGUCUCCACCGCACUAGCUUCACACUCCACCACAAUCUCCGAAGAACCAAUGACCCUAUCCGACGCAUACAUGGGUUACGGACGGUCGAAGCUCGUCGGCGAGCACAUCCUUAGCGUUGCACGACGCACCGGCGCGCGGUGCUAUUCCCUUCGCAUCGGACAAGUCUCGGGACACUCCAAAAGGGGACUGUGGAACGAUAGCGAGGCACUACCGUUACUCAUACGGUCUGCAUUGCCGCUCAAAGCGCUACCCGAUCUGGACUUGAUGUGCUCCUGGUUACCGGUGGAUACCCUUGCUGCAACGAUAGUCGAGAUUGGCCGGGCAUGCUUGUCAUCUUCUCCAUCCCCUAUCGCCGCUGAUCAGGGACAAGCCCAAGGGGAGAGUGACACGGACAGUAAUACCAGUGUCGAUACGAGGUUGUUAGAGGACUCAAUCUACAACGUGUGCAACUCGAGAGAGUUUUCAUGGUCGGCAUUGCUGGAGUCGCUACGACAGAGCGGCUUCCAAUUUGAGACGGUGCCUUUUGACAAAUGGAUAGAAAUGAUGCGGGAGAGCGAGGCACGGGGGAAAGAGCAUGUUAAUCCGGCGGUGAAGUUGAUUGGGCAUUAUGAAGCGAUGUAUGGAAAAGGGUCAUUGCUAAGCUCUAAGAAGUUCCAUACCGAUCGGGCUGAGAGAGACAGCGAGACCCUGCGCAAUGGGCGGUUGAAAAUUGUCGAGGAUGGAAUUCUGAGUUGCUAUGCUCGUGAUUGGUUGACUCGAUGGAUGACUUCUUGA